AUGGAGCCAGUAACAUUGUCUCAGAUAUUCGAUGAUCAACUGUUUAACGACAUUUCUGAAAACCUUCUAGACGACAUCGAUGUAAGCGAUUUCUCCUUCGACUUGUCGACAUUUUUGGAUAGUCCAGAAAUUAAAAAUCUGGAUAAUGGGGUACUUUCGCACCAGUCGUCCGAAAAGACGACAUUAGGAUCAUUGCUGAAGUGUAUGCCAGUUUCAGAUACAAUAGCAACGCAUACAGAGUUGCAAUCUGUAGGCGGUAUUGGUGGACAAGAGGAUCACAAUAAACAGCGGUUCAUGCGUGAAUUCACUUCUUUGGAUCGUUCUAAUAUCACACAAGCGAAAUCAAGUAGUCAAGCUUGUGCACCUAUUCAGAACACAUCUGACGUGCCAGUAAUGUCCAAACUAUUGUGUGAUUCCGAAUUACAAAAUUUUGAUGCCAAAAGGACCUGGUGCGACCCAAACAAGGCAUAUUCUGUUCAGCAUUCUUCACCUCAUAUGGGUUUUCAAAAAGCACAUUUUACUAUCUGUAAAAGUGAAAAAAAUAUCAAGGUAAACACCAAACAGUCUGAAGAGAACGAACCUAUGAAAAGAGCACCUCAUAAUGCUAUUGAGAAACGUUAUCGUGCCAGUAUUAAUGGAAAAAUAGACGAGCUUCGUAGGCUUUUGGCACCAAACUCAUCCGGAGAUGUAAAGAUGAAUAAGUCAGCAGUCCUUCGCCGCGCAAUCGAUCGGAUUCGUGAACUUGAAGAAGUCAACGCUCAAUUAAAUUCAGAGUUAAUGGCUUUCCGUUCAUGUAAUCAUACUUCAUCUUAUGUUGAUUCUAAUCAAAGCACAUCAGAAAAUGAAACACAUUCGCUUGAAACAUCACCAGUGUCUUUAACUAAUCAAGAGAUAAAUGAUUAUUAUUAUCGGUGUAAAACAUCUCCACAUACUGUGCCUCCUGAAUGCUUACCAGUGAAUCAGCUAUUUCACUUCACUGCUAAAUCUAUUCAGCCUACAAAUGUAACCUAUAAGACGAAUACUAAUGAUCAUCAUCAUCAUAAUAAUAAUAAAGGAGUUGUAUUCAUGAAAAUGAAAGAAUAUUCAGAUUCCUUCCAUUCAUCUUCAUCAUCACCGUCGUCAUCAUCGCCACCAUCAAUAAAUUCACCGUUUAACUUUCAAUCAAGUUAUGAUAAAAAGUUUAACGCUAAUUCACAACAUUCAUCUCUAUCACCUCCAUUCAGUGGAAUCGGUUCAUCAUUUCUCUUGCAUCAGAAUACAGAUUCUUAUGAAAUUGUCAAUGGUAUGAAUUAUGAAGGUCAGCUGCAGACUUAUCAUUUAUCGUCACACUCAUUGGUGCAAUCACCGAAUAUUCAAGCUUCUUAUCGACUACCACCACCACCACCACUAAUUCCUACGCCGCACUCCACUAUUAUUCUGCCUGAACAACCUGUUUUGAUCAAAGGUGGUUACUAUCAUAAAGGUCAUCGAAAACGCUUAGCUGAAGACUCUAAUAUGGAAUUGUUUACUCCAACAAAGGCGCGAUGUGACCAUUUACUGGUUAAUAAUCGUGGCUGUGGGGUCAAGAGAGUAGCAGCCCCACAAACGAAGGAGGCAAUGAACAUAAUUUCGGACACUUGGAAUACCAACAACAGCGGUACUAGUAUUCAAGCUCAAUUUCCGAAUGUUUGCCAACUGCUAUGUGAAAGUAAUUCAUGUUCACAUUCUCUCCCAAAGCCCAUAAAAACCAGUAUUUCUGAUAAAAAUCAGUGUAUCCAACCUGGAGUCGGUUUCAAUGAAGCUGUGGCUCGAACUACGUUGUGUGUUGCAGCCUUAUGUCUCAUUGCUCUUAAUCCAGCUCAAAUCACAAAUCAAAUGAGCUGGAGUACUCCAAAAAUGGAAAAGUUAUCAACCUCCAGAAGUUUAUUGUACUACUUUGAUCCAUCUGGUGCUAUUGGCAUGCCAAAUUCAUGGUUUAUUUCAUUUAUGUAUUGCUUGCAAUGGUUUAUUGCAUUGAUUCUCUGUUCUUGGGCUUGUCACAGAAAGCAGAUUUCAUUUCAGCUGUUUAAUUGGUCAAGACAUGGAAAUAAAAUUAUCUCAGUGCAUAAGGCUAAAUCACACUACAGACAAGCUAAUAUGGCUAUUAGUCAGUUGACAUGGUCAAUUGCAGAUUAUCAUCUAAAAUUAUGCUUACAUUCACUUGGCAGUAGUACAUAUUGUGAAUUAACUCAAUCAGUGCAUACAACAUCACAUAUUCGAUGCUGGUAUCUGUGUUUACGAUCAAUAAUUGCAUCAAUCAUGAACCUACUUACUAUAUUGUUCAUUUAUUUACCAUAUUGGGUAUGGAUGUAUUACUUUAGAAAAUUCAAUGGGUUUACUGUUAAUACUAGUAAACAGGUGAACAGUACUACAGAACAUAAAAUUUCUUCACCUGAAGUUCGUCUACGUCUUAUGGAACUAUAUUUAUUUGAUUAUAAACCGAAAAAUGUCAAUCCAUAUAAUUCUAGACUUGUAAAAUUUUUCCAAUCACUGGAUGAUUUAUCCUUGGGUUUAAUGUGUACUCGUGAUUUUCUUGAUGCAUCCACGCAUGGAUUAUGUGACUAUAAGAUGAUUGAACCUGUUGGAAGCGUGUCAACAUCGGAAUAUAAUUUUGUUGAUAAUAAUGAUAAGUUGUUUAUACAUCUUUUACCCAGACAAGGUAUCACACUCGGAUUAUUUUUGAAACGAAAACUUGGAAUGGAUUAUCUUGGUUCAUUGAUUAUUCGCAUGACAAUUUAUGUUACUAUGCGAUUUGAUUUGUCACAAUUGUGGAGAACUUGGUUCAGUAAUGUGUUAUUUGUUAAACUAAUAACUGGUGAUGAAAAGUUGAAUUUCGGUGCUGCAUUGUCAUCGACCACCACAACAACCAGUAGUAUGCGUGAGUAUUCGUCAACAAAAGAUGCAUCACUAGUAAAUUAUCCUGAAAAGAAUAUAAUCACUCAGUUGUUAAUUGAAUUACGAGAGCAUAUUACUUGUCAUUGUUUGAAGAUAAUUCUAUAUGGUGAAAUAAAUCAAGUGAAAAGUUUACAAUGUUAUAUUCAUCUACUCAUUGAAUUAUCACCUUCAUGGAAUACUUAUAAUAAUAAUAAGAAUAAAUUAAUAAUUAAUGGUGAGAUUGAUGAUAAAGAAUACGAAGAAACUAAUGAUCAGGUGUCACGUGCUCAUUGGUGGGCUCAAAUGUUGAAUAUUUUAUGGCAAUAUAGAUGUGAUCAAAUAAAAUUACCUCUUCAAUCAUCACUUGAUGAAGAAGAUCAAAUUAAGCUUAUGGAAUCAGAUCCGACACACUGUUGUACGCCGCAAUCACUAAUCAGUUGUUCGUAUCUAGGAGAUCUUGUUAAAGUUUUGUCAGUCAUUAAUAAUUUCAAUUCAUUGGAUAAUAAAACAUCUUUUCAUAUGUCACUUCAAUCUGUAUACUCUUCGUUAAGAAGUCUUGCAAAAUCUUGUCGAAAUUUGAAUAAUUCACAUACUGGAAUGGGUAGUACUGUGAAAUCGAAUCCACAGUUUGAUUAUAUGCGAUUCAAUUUUUUGGCUUGGUCUUUGGUCGCAACCAACUGGUUUAUUGAUGUAUUAACUGUGAAAUUGAAAAGUAUGAAAAGUUGUAAGAUGAAAGAAACAACUGAUAUAUCUAUGGUGUUGUUGGCUAAUGGUUUCACUGAUAGUGUAUACUUGCUUCGUCAACUAAUUGAUGACUAUUUUAAUAUGCCUACACUGAAUUGGUUUAGAAUAAAGUUACAAAAUGCAGAAGCUGUUCAUCGUAUGCUAGUUGGAGCUAGUCCUAUUCGUGCACGAUUUGCACUCUUACAAAACCACAGUUUGUCUCGUUUACCUAAACUGGUAACUGUGAAUAUUAAAGAAGAAGAAGAGGAUACAAUUAAAUCUGUAAAUGAUAAUUGUGUAACCAAAGCCACUGACAAAAGGCAACCACUUUUACAUUAUCAUGAUAAUCAUGUGAAUGGUGUUAGUAUGCCUGCAAUAAUAUGUCGACCGACGCCUAGAAAUGGUAUAAUGUUACAGUCACCCGGAUGUUAAUCCCAGUAUUAUUAUUAAUAUCAUCAUCAUAUUUUUCCUAUUCAUAUGUGUAUUUCUUUACGCGUCAUAAACAAUUCUCGAUGACAAAUAUCCUUGCUAUAAUCUAUGAAUACAACGAACGUAUUAUUGUUAUUUUAGUACCAUUCUUUAUACAUUGAAAUCUGUAGCAUAAAUAACAUUUUUUUAAUUUGUUGCUUUAUUUGACACCG